ACUUUCCAACUCUUGGGACUUUUUCUAACGAAUGUUAUCUCCUGCUGUAUCCCCGCCCACUUCCCUUUCUCCACCUGAGGAUGAGUCGUUCCUCCAGUUGAUGAUGGUGAAGUGUUCUUGCACGUUCAGGGAAGAAACCAAGACGAAACCAAGACGUAGAGUCUUUAGAUUUUCUUGUUUUUUUAUAGUUCGCCAGUGAGCUACGGUGCCAUCUUUGAAGACGGAGGAGCCAUGAAGAAGCAUGGUCGUGUUUGUGGGAGUCGCUGCCUGGGGCCGAUGACUUUCCUUCAAGAAGUGAAAGGGCAGCGUGUGACCAUUUGCCAAGGAGGACAUCUUGCCUCGAGAGAUGCCUCGUACAACAUGCAUGGCCUAGUCUUCAUCAGCCGUCCAGUAAAAGUGAAGGAGAAAAUCUCUGUAUAUAUCGAAGGUGCAUCGUCGGACGGAGCACUCCACGUCGGCUUCACUAACCACCGUCCCAACGCCAACCUGAUCCCGCCAACUGCUUUACCACACUUGAUAGAGACCCCUGGGUACUGUGUGGUGCCCAUUCCUGCAGAAUUGUGCCAGCCUGGAGCAUACAUCACGUUUUGGUUGAACCAUGCAAAGUAUGCGCUGAUUCAGGGAACAGGUGGGAAGACGUAUUACAUGAAUGCAAAAAGACUAGUAAAACUAAACGAACCACUUUAUGUUUUCUUGGAUCUGUUUGGGAGCACCAGCGCAGUGCGCCUUCUGGGUUCGAGGAAAGGAGAUCGGACAUCAUGCCCUGAUCCAGGCAAGUCCAGCAGUGGUGAAACAAAAGUGGAAGAUCAGGGACUUAACAAAAACUUUCUCAGCUUCAGGAACAAUGUACAGUCAGACACUAGAAGACUUUCCAGAGAAGAACCACCAUCACAAACAAGUGUGGCUCCAUCUUGUUUUUCUCAACAAGUAUCUACACAAGAACCAGACCAAACCAAGCACAUGCAGACUACAACCAAGGAAGAUCUUAAAAAGAUCCCUCGGUCAUCAAUGGAAGAGAUGGAUGUCACGUCUUUGCUGAGAGAGUUCCAGAGAAAUCUCAGCCCAAGUGAGUUCCAUGUGGUUGUUUGUUGGAAAAGACUGCUCAAGAGUGCAAUUGAUGCUCUGUCCAACAGCAACUUCUCCUGGACUAAAACCCCUCACAUUGAGUUUGUUGACGAGGUGGCUUUCGACUGUGGAGGUCCAAGAAGGGAAUUUUUCAGACUCCUGAUGAUGGAGGUGCAAGGCAGUCUGGGCAUUUUUGAGGGCAACCCUGGACACUUGUUCUUCACUUAUGACCAGAGUGCUUUGCAGCAGUGUAAGUACGAGCAGGCGGGAAAACUUGUAGCUUGGUCCAUAAUUCAUGGUGGUCCAGGACUUAAGGCUCUAGACCCUUGUCUUUACCAGCUGAUGUGUGGUCAAGAGGUGCAAUUGAUGGAGUUUGACUGGCACCUCAUCCCAGAUACAGAUGUCCAAGGAAAAGUACAAAAAAUUUUGUCUUGUAGGACAUCUGCACACCUUCAUACCAUUCAAAAGGAAUUGGGAGACUGGAUCUGUGAGUGUGGUUUUCCAGGAAUUUAUGGACCAAAAAUUUCCAUCCAAGACAUUCCAGUAGUUUACUCCUACAUUGUGAGACACUACAUUUAUCUGAGGGUGUCUAAUAUGAUCAGUCAGUUCACUGCGGGUCUGAACGCGUAUGGAAGACUGUGGGACAUGGUGAAGGCAAACUGGAUCGAUUUCCUGCCUAUUUUUAUCAACAUGAAUGAGCCCAUAUCCAGAGCUUCAUUCAGAGCUCUCUUCCAGAUCAACUGGAAUACCGAAGGGACCAAGAAGAGACAGGAAGAAGAGGAGACCAUCUACUACUGGGAGCUGGUUCUGAAGAUGAUUGAGGAGAAGAAAACAGAACUACGUUUUGAAGAGCUGCUCACAUUCAUCACAGCAACAGAUGAGAUUCCAGCACUGGGAUUCCCCCAAAAACCCAGCAUCAACUUUUACAAGCCUGAGGGACGAGGCUGUCGGCUACCAUAUGCAUCCACAUGCAUGAUGGGACUGUUCCUACCUAGAGGGGUCAAAAGUCAAGCAGAACUCAACACGAUGCUGCUGAGAGCUGUCAGAGAUUCUGUGGGGUUUGGUAAAGCAUAGGACUGUGUUAUAUUUGGAGGGGAAGUCCACCCAAAAUGUAAUAUAUAUUUUUGAAUAAAUUAUUUGCUAAAGAAAACAGACCAUUCCAUACUCAGCUAUUCAGUAUAACUGUAUGACAUGGGAGAACAGGUUUUACUUUCAUUGAGCACUGUUUUAUCAUAUGGUUUGUUAACACUCUGUUUACUGAAGUUUGAAAAUAGCUAGGACACUUGGAGAAGUUGUGGUGUGAUGGGCAUGCACCAGCAUGACCGCUACAAUGAAGGCUAGCCAAAAGAAUUUUGGAAAGUGAAGGAGCAGAAAAACCACUUUGCACAGGAUUACAAGGUAAAAGCAAGAGGUCAUAUGAUUGCGAAUGUGUAAUGAUAAAGGAAAGCGCAGUUUUGGGGAAGUAGAAGACUCUUUUGAACACCCUUGUAUAAGCUUGCCUUUAUCAGGCUGGUUUAAUGUAGUCACACGGUUGUAAAAAGUCUCAACACUGAAAAAAUGAAAUGCUACUUGAAUUCUUUCUUGGAAUGACCUCUCUGAAUUGUUGACCUUGUGUUUUAUGCUUUAAAUGUAACAAUGUUGUAUUAUUUUGAAAACACUUUAUAAAUAACCUUUGUAAGAUAGCAUUUUUGUACAUUCU